AUGAAGUCCUUUUUAAUUGCCUCAGUCUUGACAUUGUCCUCAACUGCAUUGGCUGCAGUCAGAAACGUCCAAUUGUACGUUAACUCCGAAAAUGCCGGAAUCAAUGGUCUCGGAUUGUACUCUACCCACGAAGGUGCCGGUGUCAACUACUUUUUUUUGGGUGAAGCUGCACAAACUGUCCAAUACGAUGAUGAGGCCAAAAACUUGUUUAUUGAAUUAAACACUCAACCACCAGCAAGACAAUCUUUGGCUUUUGAAGGUCAAUUCUUGGGCUUGACUGUUGGUCAAGACCCCUUGCCUGUUGAGAUUCAAGAAGAUGGUUCAGUUGUGUUUGAAGGUUCCACUGCUCUUGCUGCCGCCAAGAAUGUCGAUGACCCAUACAGAUACUCUGAGGCACUGUGGGCAGUUGUGAACUCGGCACCAGAAGGAUCAAUCCCAUUGAGUAUUCAAGCAGUGUUUGUCGAAGAAACAGAGUCUGAGAACCAAGAACAACAACAGGAAGAUUCGUUGGUUGCAUCAACUGAAGAUGUUACAGAAGGGACUGUCGUGCCAGAAGAAACCUUGGCACCACAAGUUGUUACUGUUUUUACUACAUACUGUCCAGUUGCUACAACAUUGACAUUGACCGUUUGUGAAGAAGUUUGUCAAGAAUCUCAAUAUGUUGUUUCUGAGCCAGGCACGGUUACCAUUGCCAAUGUUGUGGUUACUGAAACACCUGCUCCAGUAGAGGAGCCAGUUGUUGCUGUUGAGACUCCACAACCAGAGGUUCCAGCCGAUGUCUCUGUUUACGAAGGUUCUGCUGCCAAGUUUGGUGGUGCUGCAUCCAUUGCUGCUAUUGCCUUGGCUGUUGUUGGUGUUGCCUUUUAA